AUGGGUUCUAUGCCUGUUCAGAGCCCGUUUGAUGUUGAAGAUGUUCUUUCACAACUAGACAUCUCCGAGAAAGUCGCUCUACUGUCUGGAAUUGACUUCUGGCAUACCGCCCCAGUCCACCGGCUGGGCAUCCCUUCCAUCCGACUAUCAGAUGGGCCCAAUGGCGUUCGUGGCACCCGCUUCUUCAAUGGAGUUCCCGCUGCUUGUCUCCCAUGUGGAACUGGACUUGCUGCCACCUGGGAUACUGCCCUUGUCAAGAGGGGUGGCACAUUGCAAGGUGAUGAGGCUAUAGCGAAGGGUGCAUCGGUAAUUCUCGGUCCGACCACAAACAUGCAGAGAUCACCAUUAGGUGGUCGCGGUUUCGAGAGUUUCAGUGAAGACCCUUACCUUGCUGGAGCCAUGAGUGCUGCAACAAUCAACGGAAUCCAAUCAACCGGUGUUGCUGCCACCAUCAAGCACUACGUCUGCAAUGAUCAAGAAGAUCAAAGACAGAGUGUAGACAGCAUUCUGACGGAACGUGCUCUCCGCGAGAUCUAUCUGAUGCCAUUCAUGAUUGCCGAGAAGGAUUCAAGACCUGACUGCUACAUGACUGCAUACAACAAAGUCAAUGGUGUGCAUGCGAGUGAGAAUCCUCGACUGAUUAAUGACAUUCUACGCAAGGAGUGGGGAUUCGAUGGAUUAGUCAUGAGUGAUUGGUUUGGUACCUAUUCCACCACCGAAGCAAUCAAGGCAGGGCUUGACCUGGAGAUGCCUGGACCAUCAUACAUCCGAGCCAAGCUCGUUAACCAAGCCCUUGGCUGCGGUAAGCUUAGCCUCCACGAGGUCGAUACGAGAGUUCGUGAGGUUCUCAAGCUGGUCAAGAAGGUACAGCCUCUAGGAAUACCAGAGAAUGCGGAAGAAACUACAAUUGACAGCCCUGAAACUGCUGCAGCUCUACGAGCCCUUUCUUCCAACGGCCUGGUGCUUUUGAAAAACGAGGGCAAUGUGCUACCGUUCAAGAGGGACAAAACAACUGCUGUGAUUGGACCCAACGCUGCGUACGCUUCAUUCUGUGGCGGGGGCUCCGCCUCGCUUCAACCAUACUAUGCCGUCAGUCCGCUAGAAGGAGUCCGGUCAAAAGUGCCCGGAGCCCAAUACGAAUUAGGCGCCCCUGCCUGGAAGUCAGUCCCCUUGAUGUCAAGAGUGACCAAGACCAAAGACAACCAAAUUGGUCUCACUAUGAAGGUCUUCAUUGAGCCGCCAUCUGUCACUAGCCGCAAGGCAGUUGAUGAAGUUUUUGUCAACAAGUCUGACAUCCUGCUCGUGGACUACAAACAUCCACUUGUGAAGACGUAUCUCUACUGGCUUGAACUCAAUGGUACUUUCACUCCUGACGAAACUGCCGAGUACGAGUUUAGUCUUGCUUGUGCUGGCAGUGGCAAGAUAUACGUCAAUGGAGAGGUGGUUGUUGACAACGAAACAAAUCAACGGCCCGGGAACACCUUCUUCGGUUCUGGAACUGCAGAAGAGAUUGGGACUCUCAAAUUGGAAAAGGGUGUCACUUACAACAUCCUGACCAAGUUCGGCACCUUUCCCACGAUGUCCUUCACUACUCCUGGUACUACUGGCUUUGGCUCAGGGGGGCUAAGGAUCGGUCUUGAGAGGAAGGCAGAACUGCAAUCCGAGAUUGAGAGAGCCGUCAAACUUGCAAAAGAGGUUGAUCAAGUCGUGCUCUGUGCAGGAUUGAACGCGGAGUGGGAGACUGAAGGACACGACAGAGAACACAUGGACCUUCCUCCAGGAACGGACGAGUUGAUUCAAGCCGUGGUUGCAGCUAACCCUAAUACAGCUAUCGUUCUCCAGUCUGGUACACCGGUUACAUUACCGUGGGUUCACCAUGUACGCUCUAUUGUCCAAGCAUGGUACGGCGGAAACGAGACAGGCAAUGCAAUUGCCGACGUUAUAUUUGGUGAUACUAAUCCAAGCGGAAAGCUCCCACUCAGUUUCCCUGUCAAGAAUGAGGACAACCCGGCAUUCCUGAACUACAAAUCUGAACGAAACCGUGCCAUUUACGGUGAAGACGUGUAUAUCGGCUACAGAUUCUACGAGAAGACCAACAAGGAGGUUGCCUUCCCAUUCGGACAUGGUCUAAGCUAUACCACAUUUGAGCUCAGCGCCCUCACCGUUGAUGAUAAUGGUGUGGACAUCGUAAUGUCUGUUUCGGUUUCAAAUACUGGCAAUGUUGAUGGUGCUCAGGUCGUCCAGGCCUAUGUCUCUCAACAGAAGCCGAGCAUCAAUCGACCCAAGAAGGAACUGAAGGGUUUCUCGAAGGUGUUCGUCAAAGCAGGAGAGACUGCCAAGGCCCAGAUUGUGAUGUCAAAGAAAUACGCCGCUAGCUUCUGGGAUGAAGGAAGAGAUGCUUGGGUCAUGGAGAAAGGUGCCUUCGAUGUACUAGUGGGCGACUCAAGUGCCACAACGCCACUGAAGGGCCAGUUCCACGUUAUUCAAUCUUCCUGGUGGAGAGGUUUGUAG